CCGGGCGGGGGGGUACAAAGCUCCCGGGGUUGCUCGCUCCUCCUUCCACUUCCGCCAUGUGCGCAUCCCCCGGGCGGCGGCCUCAAAACGCGCGCCGCGCAUGCGCCGGCCUCUCGGUGAGCACUUCCGCCCGGCCUUGCCCGGACAGAAGGAGAGCGUCGGCGCGGAAGGGGCGUGUCGGGCGUGUCGCGCAGGCGCAGUGCGGCGCUCGGGAGCGGGGCCGGGAUUUAAAGGGGCCGGAGGCGGGUGGGGCCGCGCUGCCCCCCCCGGGACCCCCGCCAUGGUGUGCGGCGGCUUCGCCUGCUCCCGCAACGCCCUCUGCGCCCUCAACGUGGUCUAUGUGCUGGUGGCGCUGCUGCUGAUCGCCGUGGCCGCGUGGGGCCGGGGCGCGGGGGUGCCGGGGGUGCCGCUCACCGGCGGCGCCAUCGCCGUGGGGGUCGUGCUGCUGCUGCUGGCGCUGCUGGGGCUGCUGGGGGCGGCGCGCCACCACCAGGUCCUGCUCUUCUUCUACAUGAUCAUCCUGGGGCUGGUGUUCCUGGUGCAGUUCGGGGUCUCCUGCUCCUGUUUGGCCAUCGACCGCAGCCGCCAGGAGCAGCUGUUCAGCUCGGCCUGGCACAUCCUGAGCAACGAGACGCGCGCGGAGCUGGAGCGGCGCCUGGACUGCUGCGGGCUGCGCAACCGCAGCGCCCCCCCCGCCGAGCUGCCCCCCUGCCCCGCCGGCUGCAGGAGCGUCCCCGGCGCGCGCUGCCCGACCUGCGGCGACAAGAUGCUGCGGCACUCGGACGAGGCGCUGAAGAUCCUGGGGGGGGUCGGCUUGUUCUUCAGCUUCACCGAGAUCCUGGGGGUCUGGUUGGCCAUGCGCUACCGCAACCAGAAGGACCCGCGCGCCAACCCCAGCGCCUUCCUAUAGCGGGGGGGUCACUGCCCUCCUGGGCGGGGGGGUCCUGUCCCUCCUGGGGGAUCCUGUCCAUUUUUGGGGGUGCGGGACCCCCCCGCCACGUCCCCCAGCAGCUGAUUGGCCACCUCCCCCCCCCCCCGCCAGCCGCAUGAAGCCUCUGGGGGCCGUGGCAGCGCCCGGGGGGGUCCCGGCCACCCCCGCACUGGGGGGGACACAGUGACCCCCCCAGCCACCCCCUCCCCCCCAGCCCCAUCCACCCCCCCAAACUGGUUAUUUAUGCAGCAGGAGGGGCCCAGCCCCCCCACGCCAGCGCUGCCGGGGGGGUCAGGGUGGCAUGUUGUGUCCCCCCCCCGCUGUCACCAAAGGGAUGUCACUGUGUCCCCCCCUCAAAUAAACAGCUGACAGUGA